AGUUGGUAGUGGAACGAGAGGGAGAGGAGAGAGGGGUCGACCAGAUGGAAGGAAGGAAGGAAGGAAAGGAUCUCAAGGGCUCAAGUGCGUGAUUAAAGGAUUCUGCACAAAUAAACAAAUAUAUGAAUCAAAGCUUAUGAUUUAAAAAAAAAAGUGGAAUUAUAGGCGCGUCACCGCUUUGCGUGGACGCGGACAAGACACAGCGGCGGUGCGCACUGAAACAACCCGAGUCCUGUCUUUAGUCUGGAUUUUACUCCUCAUGUUCUUCAAACUCUCGGAGAGGCUCGCUAACUUUUAAGGACAGUGCCUGACUUUUAAGAACCUCCCUCCCUUCCUCGCUCGGUGUUUCAAUUAACCCUCUCCCCGGAAAAAGAAGAAGAAGAAGAACAGUAAAAGAAGCUCUGGGGCUGGAAGUGCAGGAAGGAAGAGCCUUCUGUUCCUUCCGAGGAGUUCCAAGUCGCCGUAGCCGGGGUUUAGGCGUUGGCACCCGGGCUGGGAGUCCCUCGUCAUGGCCGGGGCCAAGCCGGGAGUCCACGCGCUGCAGCUGAAACCCGUGGCCGUCCACGAAGCGCUGAAGAUGGGCGGCAAAUUCGUCAAGUGGGACGAGGAGCCUAACAGUACACAGCCGACGCUGAUAAACCUGAAAGUUGAUCCGGAAGGAUUCUUCCUCUACUGGACCAUAGGUGCUGGCCAGGAUGUCGAGAUUUUGGACAUCAGUUACAUCAGGGACACCAGAACGGGAAAGUAUGCCAAACAGCCAAAGGACGCAAAGAUGAGAGAACUGCUGGGCCUUACUAAGGAGGUGAACGGAGAAGGGAAGCUGUUAACCGUCGUCUAUGGCAAUGACCUGGUCAACAUUUCUUUCCUCAACUUCCAGGCCUUGCAAGCGGAUGUAGCGAAGAUUUGGUCAGAUGAGCUGUUCGCUUUGUCCACAAACAUACUUUCCCAGAAUGUAUCGCGGAACACCUUUCUUUACAAAGCGUACACGAAGUUAAAGCUUCAAGUGAACCAGGAAGGGAAGAUUCCAGUGAAGAAUGUCAUCAAGAUGUUUUCUGAUAAAAAGAGAGUGGAGACAGCUCUGGAGCAGUGUGGCCUCAUUAAUAACAAGUCAGAGGGAAUAAAACCAGAUGAUAUCACCUGGGACGCCUUCCAGAAGCUUCUCGACAACUUAUGUCUUCGACCUGAGAUCCAGAGCAUCUUUGAGGAAAGUGGCUCCAAGAGGAAGCCGUUCAUCUCUUUAGACCAGCUAAUGGACUUCAUCAACCGCAGGCAGAGAGACUCCAGACUAAACGAGGUGCUCUACCCCCCGCUGAAAAGAGACCAAGUCCGACAGAUCAUGGAGAAAUACGAGACCAACACCAGUCAGCUGGAGAGAGACCAAAUCAGUUUGCAGGCAUUCAGUCGGUAUCUGGGAGGAGAGGAAAACACCAUCGUACCUCCAGAGAGGCUGGACAUCAUCGACGACAUGAACCAACCGCUCUCUCACUACUUUAUCAACUCGUCACACAACACGUACCUCACAGUGGGCCAGCUGACCGGGAAUUCUUCGGUGGAGAUGUAUAGGCAGGUGCUGCUCACCGGUUGUCGCUGUAUUGAGCUGGACUGCUGGAAGGGCCGACCACAAGAUGAAGAGCCCUACAUCACCCACGGGUUCACCAUGACCACUGAGAUUCCCUUUAAGGAAGUGAUUGAAGCCAUAGCAGAGAGUGCUUUCAAGACCUCGCCAUACCCCGUCAUCCUGUCCUUUGAAAACCACGUAGAUUCAGCAAAGCAGCAGGCUAAGAUGGCAGAGUACUGCAGGACAAUCUUUGGAGAUGCGCUGCUCAUCGAGCCAUUGGAGAAAUAUCCACUGAGCGAAGGUCAGCUGCUGCCUUCGCCGCAGGAACUGAUGGGGAAGAUUCUUAUUAAAAACAAGAAGAAACAUCACCAUCACCGACCCUCUGAGAGUGGCAGCAUACGGCGCAAAGAGCCAGGGGAGCAGUCUUCGCCUCACAACGACUGCCCUCUGACAGAAGAGGGAAGCCAACUCCUGUCCAAUGGAGAGGAAAAGCUGGCUGAAAGGAUGGUGAAAGACUCCGAGCCUCGGAAGUCCAUUGGAGGUGAAGGAGAAAGCGAGGAGGAGGAGGAGGACGAGUCGGUGGCAGAGCUGAAAAAGCCAAACUCCGACGAGGGUACUGCCAGCAGCGAGGCGAACGCCACGGAGGAGAUGUCAAAUCUCGUCAACUACAUUGAACCCGUCAAAUUUAAGACCUUUGACUGGGCAGCUAAGAGGAAGAGGUUCUUUGAGAUGUCAUCGUUUGUUGAAACCAAAGGCAUGGAUGCCCUGAAGAGCUUCCCUAUAGAGUUUGUUGAGUACAAUAAGAACCAGCUGAGCCGAAUCUAUCCUAAAGGAACGAGAGUAGACAGCUCCAACUACAUGCCUCAGCUUUUCUGGAACGUCGGAUGCCAGAUGGUGGCGCUAAACUUCCAGACACUUGACCUUCCUAUGCAGCUGAACAUGGGUGUGUUUGAGUAUAAUGGCCUGAGCGGUUACCUGUUGAAGCCAGAGUUCAUGAGAAGGACAGACAAACACUUUGACCCUUUCACAGAAAGCAUAGUAGACGGCAUAGUCGCUAACACGGUCAAAAUUAAAGUGAUCUCAGGCCAGUUCCUGACAGAUAAGAAGGUUGGUGUGUAUGUGGAAGUGGACAUUUUUGGACUUCCAGCUGACACAAAAAGGAAGUACAGAACCAAAACAUCUAAUGGGAACUCGCUGGACCCUGUGUGGGAUGAUGAAAUGUUUGUCUUUAACAAGGUGGUCCUCCCUACACUGGCCUCUCUGAGAAUAGCUGUGUUUGAGGAAAACGGCAAGUUCAUUGGACACCGGAUUCUCCCUGUUUCGGCUAUUAGGCCGGGCUACCAUUACAUCAACCUGAAGAAUGAGCUAAACCAGCCGCUUAUGCUGCCGUCACUUCUGGUUUAUACUGAAGCUCAGGACUACAUCCCUAAUGAACACCAGGAGUAUGCAGAAGCUCUCACCAACCCUAUUAAGCAUAUCAGUGAGAAGCACAAGAGAGAGACACAGCUAGCUAGUCUCAUAGAAGACAACAGUGAGGUGAGACAGCCUCUCACCAACCAGCCCAAAGAAGGAGAGAACAAGAGGGAACUCAGUCCAGGAUUUGGAAUCCCCUCUCCUUCCCCAGCACCCUAUCCCCCCCCAAAGGAAGAUCCCCCUGAUGUCAUCAAGUUACCUGCACCAGUACAAUCUCAGAAGGAGGACCUCAUAGGUACUGUCCUAACAGAUGUCAAGGUUCAGUCUGUAGAGGAGCUGCAGCAGAAUAAAAAUUAUGAAAAGCUCCUUAAAAAACAAAGAAAAGAACUCAAAGAGCUGCGCAAGAAACAUCUGAAGAAGGUGUCUAAUCUAAGUAAGGACCAGAAAACCCAGCUUCAGUCUGACACCCAAAAGAAACGCAGCCAGAUUGAGAAACGACUCCAACGCAGUUUCAAGAAAAGUGAGUCCCAGGAACUGGUGCAGAGCGAGUUGGCUGCCUUGGAUGAUCUGGAGAAGCAGAAGAAUCAGCUGAAAGACGUUCACAUGCAGCAACUCCUAAAACUACGUGAAGAGCUUUUUGCAAUCGAAAGAGAGAAGCAAAAAACACACCUGCAAGAGGCCCACCAGAAGUUGAAGGAGAUUGCCAGCGAAUGCCAAGCAGCUCAGGUGAAAAAGGUCAAGGAGCUAUGCGAGAAGGAGAAGAAAGAACUCCAGAAGAUCCUGGACAGGAAACGACUAAACAGCAUCAGUGAAGCCAAGAACCGUGAAAAAGACAAGGCUGAAUCGGAACUGAAUGAGAUCAACAGGAAACACAUUCAAGAUUCUGUCUCUUUAAUCCGUGGGCUGGAGGAAGCGCAGACCAGGAGAGACGACAAGCUGCUGCAGAGGCAUCGGGACGUCCUACAACGCAUAGACGAGGAGCUUCCACAGCUUAAGUCUCAGUUGGAUCGGGAACUGGAAGAGGAGUAUCACCGCCUUCCCGAGGAGAUCUGCCAGCACCUACAGCUCGAGCUGCAAAACAAAAAUCUCCAAAAGAACGCGCUGUUCUCCGCCUUGUCCAAUCAUAGCAGUCCCAGUACAGGCUCGGGCCCGCCCUCCAACUGCUCCACGCCCUCUAACUCAUCAACGCCCAGUCGGAGCACUUUGCACAUGAGCCGGGACAAUAGCACCGUCUCUCUGGCCGAUUCCACUUCGUCGUCCACCACACCCGUCUUGUCAGACGCAGAAAUGUUGUUCAAUUAAAACUUUUACUCGUUCAAAGGAAUAUACAACAGGGGUCUAUAGUGAUUGUAAUGUGGGAUAGUAAUGAUGUAGAAUAUUUACUAAUUUUAUUCUUUCUUUUUAAUCCUGACCUUUUUUUGGUCUUGUCUACAGAGCUAUAUUAUUUUUUAUUUUGGCCGUUUUUGUCAGAAAACUCAUUGUGGAUUAUGUUGGAAUAAUUCAUAAGAAUCGUAACCAGAGCUGUUUUAUUUCAUUGUUCUUUUCUUGUCUUGCUUUUAAUGUCACCCCCCAUCAUUCCUAUUAUUUUGUGUGGUCAGUUAUCUUUUUUCCAGGCUUAUAAUGGCUUUAACCUCUUUUGUGGACUUUUCUGGAAAGCUUUAACCUGUGCAGAGGGGGGAGCAUAAUUAUAAACCACAUAAGUAGCUCCCAGCUCCUGAGAGUAAUGGUAAAGGGUACUUCUCACUACAAAUUUGAUCAGCUUUAUUUCUUCACAGCUUUAUCUCCUUGAGAAAGACAGGGGAAAUGAAACAGCCAAAGGAGAUUUUUAUUUUUCCCAGUUGUUAUGAGGUUAGAAAACUGCAUCCCAGAUGUGAGCAUGUGAGUAUCAGGACAGAUAAAACGGGAAAAGGGUGAUUUUAAAAUUCCAUUACAGCUGAACGUUUAGCUGUAAUGACAGUGGCUGACCAGCAGGUGGUGCUACAGCCUUAUCCAUUUUAUUUUUUUUAAAUUGGUGAUUUGAGCUGUCUGUGCAUGCAGCCUGAUAAUCCUAUUAGACUGUACCCCAACACACACGCCUGCACAUGCACACCUGGAUUUGCCGCGUCAUCGGUGGGGAUGAAGCCUCUGCCCUUUAACCCUCCAUGAAAUUGCAGCCAAUGAGGAAGGGGCAGAGGAGGGAGGGGGCAUGAGCGCACAUCCAUCUGGCUACAAAUUAUGAGGAGUUUUGGUGACGCAACACUCGCUUUCUAAAACAUGUGGGCAUCUCUCUCAACACAUAUACACAGUUUAUUGGUUCAGAAACCCAAAGUCUCUAAAAUCCUCAUCCCAUCCAAUCUGCUCCACGUAGAUGCGUAUUUAACGCACAAUAGGGACAAAUCAAAAUAAUUUUUUCCAAAUAUCAGCGAUUAUGACACUCAAGGGAAUUCGAGUGUGUAUGUGUGUGUGGCCAGAAUUUAAUCUGUUGAUGAGGCAUCUGCUUGUGGGGACAGUAAUACUUCUUACUAAAUGGAGAGAGUUGGUGUGUAUGCACUUCUGUUGGUGCAGUUA